AUGGAUAGAAUAGAAUAUAGAUCAGUGAUAAAAUUCCUCACAAAAGAAGGAACAUCUCCGAGUGAGAUUCACAAACGCCUACAGGCCGUCUACGGAACGGAUGCUCCCUCCUUUUCCACCGUAAAAGCCUGGGCACGACAAUUUCGCUUUGGCAAGGAAACCGUAGCCGAUGAACCACGUACAGGACGUCCUGCAGACGCCACCAGUGAUGAGAUUGUCGAAAGGGUAUCAGAUCUAAUUGCAGAGAAUGAUCGUCUGACUAAGAAUCAACUGGCUGAGAUGCUGAAUAUUUCACCUGGGAGUGCACUGAGGAUUCUACGUGAUAGCCUAGGCAUGGUGAAGGUCGGUGGACGAUGGGUCUCAAGCACAAGAGAGGCAGCAAAAGCCAGUGAUUCCGAUUGA